AUGAUGAAGAUUUUCCCAUUACCCGUUGUAGGAAUUGUAAGCCUGUAUCUUACAAUACCGACUACGGUGGGUCAGAAUAUCGGGUAUGUUUUCCAAGAUUGGCUUAAAGUAGCCGCUGGCCUCAGUCCGCAGUAUGACUAUUUUAACUUUGCCGAUGUGGUCAUGAAAGACAAAGCAACAACAGGGUCUCUAUACAUAUCCUUGAUGAACGAUACCCUACAAAAUGCUCCAAGGAAAAAGAAGUCAGGGAUCAUUAAUGCCAUUGUCUUAUUCAAUAAAAAAAAACAGCAAGGAUUCGCGUUUUUACUCAGCGUACGAAGAAUACUGGAGAGUGAGAAACCAGGAAGAAAUAAGCCAAACUGCAAAAAGAAUAGAAAAACGUGA